GAUGAGCAAGGACGGGGUAAACCCUCUGCCAGUCAGCUCUUGAAGCAGUAGCUGUCACCGAAUAGCAAAGGCACCCACAGGCUCGGUGCCGCCAUCCCCGGACAGCGGCACCGUUUAGUGAGCCCGGCCCGGCCCAGCCCCGGGAGCUGCAGCCCAGGACACAGGACCCCUCCACCGAGCUCCGAGAGCCCCGUCCCGGCUGCGGCGGAGCCCGGCCUCGGGCAGCGCCCGCCCCCGCUUCCUCCCCCGCCCCCGCCGCCAUGUUGUGGGGCCGAGCGCCGCGGGAGGCGCAGGGGCCGCGGCCCGGCGGAGCCGCCGCUCGGGGCAGCGCAACAGAUGGCUGAGGGCUAGCGAGGUGCAUUCGGGACCAUGAUGGCUCAGUUUCCCGCAGCCCUGAAUGGAGGGACAAACUUAUGGGCCAUCACCUCCGAAGAGCGGGCCAAGCACGACAAGCAGUUUGAUAGCCUUAAACCCACAGGAGGUUACAUUACAGGUGAUCAAGCACGUACCUUUUUUUUGCAGUCAGGUCUGCCAUCUUCAAUCCUUGCUCAAAUAUGGACACUCUCAGACCUGAACAAGGAUGGAAAAAUGGAUCAACUGGAGUUCUCUAUAGCUAUGAAACUCAUCAAGCUGAAAUUGCAAGGACAGCACUUGCCUUCAGUUCUCCCUCCUGUCAUGAAACAAGCUCCUGUGUUUUCACCACUAAUGUCAGCUCGAUUUGGAAUGGGUAGUAUGCCAAAUCUGUCCAUGCCAACGUCUGUGUCUGCGAUCACACCAUUAGCUCCCAUGUCUCUGACCUCCAUGACUUCCAUUCCUCCUUUGGUUAUCUCUGCUCCCCUGGUGCCUUCUGUCAGUACUUCGUCGUUGCCAAAUGGAACAUCCAGCCUUCUGCAGCCUUUGUCUGUACCUUUCUCCUCAACACUGCCUCAUACUGGUUCUUUAGGCCCCAUGGCAGGAGGAUUUGGUGGUUCCAGUAUGCAGAAGGCACAGUCACUAAUUGAUUUAGGAUCUAGCAGUUCAAAUUCUUCCUCUAGUGCAUCACUAGCUGGGAAUUCACCAAAGAUUACGUCCUCAGACUGGGCAGUUCCUCAGGCCUCCAGAUUAAAAUACAGACAGAAAUUUAACAGUCUUGAUAAAAGUAUGAGUGGAUAUUUAUCAGGAUUUCAAGCAAGGAAUGCCCUUCUGCAAUCAAAUCUUUCACAGACUCAGCUGGCUACUAUUUGGUCCCUGGCUGAUAUAGAUGGAGAUGGGCAGCUGAAGGCUGAUGAGUUUGUGUUGGCCAUGCACCUCACAGACAUGGCCAAAGCUGGGCAGCCACUUCCCCUGACUCUGCCCCUUGAGCUGGUGCCACCUUCUUUCAGGAGUGGAAAAUAUACUGAAAAUAUAAAUGGAACUCUGCCAUCUUACCAGCCGGUGCAAGAGGAGGAGCCACAGAAAAAACAGCCAGCGACGUUUGAGGACAAAAGGAAAGCCAACUAUGAGAGGGGAAAUAUGGAGCUGGAAAAACGCCGACAGGUCCUGCUGGAGCAGCAGCAGAGAGAGGCUGAAAGAAAGGCUCAGAAAGAACGGGAAGAACAAGAGCGAAGAGAGAGGGAACGCCAGGAGCAGGAACGGAAGAGGCAACUGGAAGUGGAAAGGCAGCUGGAGAGACAACGAGAGCUGGAGAGACAAAGGGAAGAAGAAAGGAGGAAAGAAAUAGAAAGGCGGGAGGCAGCAAAGCAGGAGCUCGAGCGCCAGCGACGGCUGGAAUGGGAGAGGAUCCGUCGCCAAGAACUUCUCAAUCAGCGUAACAGGGAACAAGAAGAAAUUGUCAAGUUGACCUCUAAAAAGAAGAGCCUUAAUCUUGAAUUAGAAGCCCUGACUGACAAACAUCAGCAGAUCUCAGGCAGGUUGCAGGAUAUUCGUAGCAAAAAGCAAAUGCAAAAAACUGAGCUGGAGGCCUUGGACAGGAAGUACGACCAAGGAAUCAUGGAAGUCAAGCAACUACAGCAACAGCUUGAGGAUUAUCAAAAAAAACUAAUCUAUUUGGUUCCUGAAAAGCAGUUGUUAAAUGAAAGGAUAAAAAAUGCUCAACUUGAAAACACUCAGAGUACAGGAGUCAAUUCAGUGCACAAGAAGUCCCAAGAAAAGGAAGAAUUAUGCCAAAGACUUAAGGAACAGCUAGAUGCCCUUGAGAAGGAAACUGCUUCUAAACUUGCUGAAAUGGAUGAAUUUAACAGUCAGCUUAAGUGUGAGAAUAUGGAUGAUUCUGUUCUUCAGUGCCUUUUGUCUCUGCUAAGCUGUCUCAACAACCUCUUCCUCUUACUUAAGGACCUGAGGGAAAGUUACAGCACACAGCAAUUAGCCUUGGAGCAGCUCCACAGGAUCAAACAGGACAAAAUAAGAGAGGUACAAAAAAGAAGAGAUGAACUGGCACAGAAGAAGCGACUGGAAGAUGAGGCUGCAAGGAAAGCAAAACGGGAGAAGGAAAACCGAUGGCAGGAAAAUAUCCGAAGGGAAGAGGAAGAGAAAAAGAAGCGAUUGGAGGAAGAACGAAUGCAGGAAAAAGUCCAAGAAAAGCUGAAAGCUGAAGAAGCAGCUGCAAUGAUAAGAGAAAGGGAAAACAAACAACAGCUUCUUGCAGAGGAGGAGAAAAAUAGACAAGCCACAAUCUUGAGGGAGUCGAGGAAUUCCAUUGCCAUGGUAAAUUACAGAGCUUUGUAUCCAUUUGAGGCAAGGAACCACGAUGAGAUGAGCUUUAAUACUGGAGAUGUAAUUCAGGUUGAUGAAAAAACUGUGGGAGAGCCUGGUUGGCUUUAUGGGAGUUUUCAAGGACAUUUUGGUUGGUUUCCAUGCAAUUAUGUAGAAAAAAUACCAGAGGGAGAAAAAGCUUUAUCUCCUAAGAAAGCCUUACUUCCUCCUACAGUAUCUUUAUCUACUACCUCAGCUGCUUCCGAACCACUUUCACCAAGUAAAUCUGCAGAAGAAUCUGAUUACCAAAAUGUCCCCUUUUCUAGUCUGAAUGUUAACACAGCCUGGCAGCAGAAAUCAGCUUUUACUCGCACUGUGUCCCCUGGAUCUGUUUCACCCAUUCAUGGACAGGGGCAGCCUGUAGAGAAUCUAAAAGCACAAGCACUUUGCUCUUGGACUGCAAAAAAAGAUAACCACUUGAAUUUUUCAAAGAAUGACAUCAUCACUGUCCUGGAGCAGCAGGAGAACUGGUGGUUUGGAGAGGUACAUGGAGGAAGGGGUUGGUUUCCAAAGUCCUAUGUCAAGCUCUUACCUGGGAGUGAAACCAAGAAAGAGGAACCAGAAGCUGUUUAUGCAGCUGUAAAUAAAAGGCCUAAUACCCAGAGUUACACAGCAGGAGAGGAGUACGUUGCCCUCUAUCCAUACUCAAGCUCUGAGCCCGGUGACCUGACAUUCAUGGAAGGGGAGGAGAUCCUGGUGACCCAGAAGGAAGGGGAGUGGUGGACUGGGAGUAUUGAUAACAGAACUGGAAUCUUCCCCUCCAAUUAUGUCAGACCAAAAGAUCCAGAUGCUUCUAGCUAUGCUGGCAAAAUUGGAACAAUAAAUAAGAAACCCGAAAUUGCUCAGGUUACAACUGCCUAUGCUGCAUCAGGAACUGAACAGCUCAGUCUCGCUCCAGGACAGCUGAUACUUAUCCUGAAGAAAAAUGCCAGUGGAUGGUGGCAAGGAGAGUUGCAGGCAAGAGGGAAAAAGAGACAGAAGGGAUGGUUCCCUGCCAGCCAUGUGAAGCUGCUGGGUCCAAGCAGUGAAAGAACCACAUCAGCUGCUCCCUCAGUGUGUCAGGUGAUAGCCAUGUACGAUUACACGGCCAACAAUGAGGACGAGCUCAGUUUCUCCAAGGGACAGCUGAUUAAUGUGCUGAACAAAGAUGAUGCUGACUGGUGGCAAGGAGAAAUCAAUGGUGUGACAGGUCUCUUCCCCUCAAACUAUGUGAAGAUGACCACAGAUUCUGAUCCAAGUCAGCAGUGGUGUGCUGAUCUCCAGAGCCUUGACACCAUGCAGCCCAUGGAAAGGAAAAGGCAGGGCUACAUUCAUGAGCUCAUUCAGACAGAAGAAAGGUACAUGGACGAUCUGCAGCUCGUCGUAGAGGUUUUCCAAAAACCAAUGUCUGAUUCAGGCUAUCUCACAGAAGGAGAAAUGGGGCUGAUCUUUGUUAACUGGAAGGAACUCAUCAUGUCAAAUACAAAGUUACUGAAAGCCUUGCGGGUGCGUAAGAAAACCGGAGGUGAGAAGAUGCCGGUGCAGAUGAUCGGGGACAUCCUGGCAGCUGAGCUGUCCCACAUGCAGGCCUACAUUCGCUUCUGCAGCUGCCAGCUCAAUGGAGCGUCCCUGCUGCAGCAGAAAACUGAUGAAGAUGCUGAUUUCAAAGACUACUUAAAGAAACUUGCCCUGGACCCUCGCUGCAAAGGAAUGCCCCUCUCCAGCUUCCUCCUGAAACCCAUGCAAAGGAUAACGCGUUACCCUCUGCUCAUAAAGAGUAUUCUAGAGAACACUCCAGAGAGCCAUCCGGAUCACAGUAAUCUCCGGCUCGCCCUGGAGCGUGCGGAGGAGUUGUGCUCCCAGGUGAACGAGGGCGUGCGUGAGAAGGAGAACUCGGACAGGCUGGAAUGGAUCCAGGCCCAUGUCCAGUGCGAAGGCCUUGCUGAGCAACCCGUGUUCAAUUCCCUUACAAACUGCUUGGGACCACGGAAGCUCCUGCACAGUGGGAAGCUGUACAAGGCCAAGAGCAGUAAGGAGCUGUAUGGAUUCCUUUUCAAUGACUUCCUGUUGCUCACCUACAUGGUUAAACAGUUUGUGUCUUCCGGAUCUGAUAAACUGUUCAGCCCCAAAUCCAACUCCCAGUUCAAAAUGUACAAAAUGCCGGUUUUCCUUAAUGAAGUCCUCGUGAAGCUGCCCACAGACCCUUCAAGUGAUGAGCCAGUUUUUCACAUAUCACACAUCGACAGAGUUUACACACUUAAAACUGACAAUAUUAAUGAGCGGACUGCCUGGGUCCAGAAAAUCAAAGCAGCAUCAGAGCAAUACAUUGAAACAGAGAAGAAGAAACGUGAAAAGGCUUAUCAAGCUCGUUCACAGAAAACCUCAGGAAUAGGACGCUUGAUGGUGCAUGUGAUUGAAGCAACGGAACUAAAGGCCUGUAAGCCCAAUGGGAAGAGCAACCCCUACUGUGAGAUCAGCAUGGGCUCACAGAGCUACACUACCAGGACCCUGCAGGACACCCUGAACCCCAAGUGGAACUUCAACUGCCAGUUCUUCAUCAAGGAUCUAUAUCAGGAUGUCCUGUGUAUCACCAUGUUUGACAGGGAUCAGUUCUCACCUGAUGACUUUUUGGGUCGCACUGAAGUUCCAGUAGCAAAAAUCAGAACAGAACAAGAGACCAAAGGCCCCACAACUAAACACUUACUGCUACAUGAAGUUCCAACAGGAGAAGUGUGGGUGCGCUUUGACCUGCAGCUCUUUGAUCAGAAAACACUCCUCUAAGAACACUUUUUUAAAAUUUAUGAAGGACAACUGAAGCUGACAGCCUGAACAUCUUCUGGUAAAGGUUCCUUGUCCCACACUGGUUACUAAGCAAGAAUUCCUGCUGCUUUUGUAUUUCCUCUUAGUUCCUGGUUGUGCUUAGUUCCUUGCAGUGUUCUGAGUUGUUGAUCUAUGCAAACAAAAAUGUUACUGUAAAUACAGUACUAUAGGUCAGUGCCUUUUUAUUAUGUUGGAAUAUCUUGGGUUUGGAUGCCAAUGUUUCCAUUUUCAGGGCCAUAAAAAGUAUCACAUAGAAAUAUGGCACCAAGCUGUUUGUAUAUUUUACCACUUAGUCUGACAGAUAGACUGAGGAAUGGUUUAAGCUCAGCAUUAGAAUCAUUCCAUUUGAAAUCUUAAAAGUGAUAUCCACUGGAAUUUUCCCAUCUCAGGAUGAUAGUUUUAAUGGUUAAAUGCUGAAGAAGCCUUAGCACUUGAGAAGUCUCUAAUAUAUUGUAUAUUAUUUUAAGAGUCAAGUGUAGUUCUUUACUUGACUUUAGUUCUGCACUGGAAUCAGUAACUGCUACUUGAUUUUUUUCUUUCUGCUUCUGUUUAUCAUUCUCUGCUGAGACAAUGUGGUUGUGAAGAAUAACUAGAAAAAAUAUUUUAAAUACUGUGACCCACAACAAUGUGGCAAAAUACUCUUCAGCUCUUUGGGUUUUUUCCUAAAUAUAAGUUAUUUGUGUACAUUUCCUUGGUCUUGCAGGCCUCCAUGUGAAUCUUGAAGCUUUGACAUUGCCAACAUGUAUAUAGAGAGAAAAAUAUAAGUUUAUUGAUUUGUUCUACAGAUGUUUAUUGAUGCAUAGUGAUUUUUAAAAAGUAUAUUUUAUUGUAAAGGGGAAUGUGAAAUAAGGAGAAAAACUUAGAGGAUUUGUUCAAGGAAAGUUUAUUACAAGUUUAAAGGGUUUGCUCUGGGGAACUUCACCCCUAUAUAAAACUAAAAUGAAAUGGUUGAAAGCAAAAGCUUUCUCCUGGCACCAAAUCAGGGAUGGUUAAAAAAAAAAAAAAAAAAAAGUUUGUUUAUAAGUAUUUGAUACAUUGUAACCAUUUACUGCCUCCUUUAAACUGCUUUGUUGCCGAAGCACAGCAUUCCGUUCUGAGCAGCCUGUGCCCUUGUUUUCCACGGGUGCAGAAAUUCCUCCUGAAGUCUGGCAGUUUCCCACCAGUCACCAUCUGUGCACCCUCCUGUUACUGAGUCAACCUCUGUUACAUUUAACAGUUUUCUGUGGUUCAGUAUUUCUAAUCCUAAAUAAAACUCAACUCUUGGCAAUUCUUGAGAGAUUGUGUCUGUACAAUGGGAGUUUGGAGAACAGAGAAAAUUCUGUUUCCAGGCUUUGAGCCCAGAGCUGCUGAGCAGCCACACCAGCAGGGAGAUGGGCCUGCGCUGGCACAGGAGGACAGGUCUGAGGGCACUGGCAGCAGCAGCUGCUCUCAGCACCAACUCGCCAAAAAGCACCACAUGUUCUGUACACCACUUCCCAUCUCCUCUUCCUGCCUUCU